GUAACGCCGCUUCCGUCCCACGGUCCGCGCCCGUCGCUACGCGCAUGCGCUUCCGCCUUACUCCGGGCCCUAAGAUGGCGGCGGCCUGUGGUGCGCAACUUGACUGAGGAGCAGUGCUUCCAGCCUUCAGAAUGUCCAACUUGAACGCAAAGUUCCGUCAUAGUCACCGAGGUGCUCAGGAAGCCGGCAGGCGGGAACUCAUUUCUAGAUCUUUGCAGAGUGCUCAGCAUUGUUUGGAGGACCAGGAUUACGGAACUGCAUAUGCUCACUAUCUUCUAGUACUAAAUCUAGCUCCCGAGCUGAAAACCAGUGUGAAAGAAACAUUCCAGUUUACUCUCUUUAAAUGGGCAGAAGAGCUAGAUUCUUUAGCACGGAUUCAAGAUCUAUUUAACUGCUAUGAACAGGCACUUGAGUUGUAUCCAAAUGAUGAAGUGAUAUGUAACAGUAUGGGAGAACAUCUUUUCAGAAUGGGCUUCAGAGAUGAAGCAGCUGGGUAUUUUCACAAAGCAGUGAAGCUUAAUCCAGAUUUUGCUGAUGCAAAGGAGAAUUUCUACCGUGUUGCAAACUGGCUUGUGGAACGUUGGCACUUCAUCAUGCUUAACGAUGCCAAGAGGAAUCUUACUUACCUGAAAGCAAUAGAGAAUGCUGUCUGCUCGGGCUGCAAGUCUGUCCUUGAUAUUGGAACAGGAACAGGAAUAUUGAGUAUGUUUGCAAAGAAGGCAGGAGCAUCUUCUGUCUUUGCCUGUGAAUUGUCGAAAACCAUGUAUGAACUCGCCUGUGAUGUGGUGGCAGCAAAUAACAUGGACAAAGAAAUCAAGCUUCUACAUUUGAAGUCACUUGAUAUAGAAAUUCCGAAGGACAUACCAGAAAGAGUUUCCUUAGUUGUCACAGAAACUGUUGAUGCUGGUUUAUUUGGAGAGGGGAUUGUGGAGAGCUUGAUACAUGCUUGGGAACAUCUGCUUUUACAGCCAAAGCCAAAAAAUCAGGAUGUCAAUACUAAAGACUAUGGGCAAGUUAUUCCUGCAAGUGCUACAGUAUUUGGAAUGGCAGUGGAAUGCAAAGAGAUACGUAGACAUCACAGAGUGGGAACACAAGAAGUUGCUGGUGUGCACUUGCCACGUUCUGUGAAGUUCUUUAGUCCAACACAUGCUUCUGCUGGUUCAGAGGAAACUGUUGAACCUUACACCACUGAAAAGCUCAGUCGAAUUCCUGGAGGUUAUGUACCUCUAACAGAGCCCUUUCAAAUAAUGACAGUGGAUUUCAACAAUCUGCAGGAGCUGAAGAGCCUUGCACAUAGAAAGCCCUGGAAGCUCAGCCAGCCAGUCACUGAAGGAGGAAUGCUAGAUGCUAUUGUGGUGUGGUUUGUACUGCAGCUUGAUGAUGAGCAUGCUCUGUCUACAAGUCCUAGUGAAGAAACUUGCUGGGAACAGGCAGUCUAUCCUGUGCAAGGCCUCCCUGAUUAUUCUGUGAAGGCUGGAGAUACUGUGAUGAUGGAAGUUUGCUGCCAAGACUGCUACCUGAAGAUCCAGAAGAUUUCUUUUUUAACUUCAGAGUGUGGGAUGGACUGCAGUGACAGAGACGAGAUGCUGAGUUUGGGCAAUGAGGCUGAAUUAUGUAAUGCUCUGGCUAGUCUUCAGACAGCUAGUGAACAGGAUGACAAAGGUCAAGUUUGUGUGUUGGAAUCCACAGAAAUAGCCCUGUUGAACAAUGUACCGUACCACGAAUGCUUCAGAGCUGCCAUGGGCAAGGUUCUGUCAUCAUUAAAUCCAAGUAAGGACUUGGAGUCCAUGGAUAUUGACAGACAUGGCUGUGGGGUGAACAUCCAAGAAGGCCAGAGCAAGAGCUCUGUAGAUGUGGUUCCUGAUCCUUUGUAUGUACUAGAUGUAUCUGAAGGCUUCUCCAUCCUACCAAUUAUAGCUGGCAAACUUGGACCAGUUAAAGCCUACAGCUCUAUUGAGAAGGAACAGCAUCAGGCAGUCCUUAAUGUAAUCUCAGAAGCGAAUAAUUUCCCUAAGGAAACUGUAGAAUUUUGGCUCAGCCAAUUAGAAGAUGAAAAUGUGGUGCUACAGAGACCCAAAUCCGAUAAAUUAUGGAGUAUUAUUAUUUUGGAUGUUAUAGAGACAUCUGGUUUAAUCCAGCAGGAGGUGAUGGAAAAGGCUGCAAUAUCCAGAUGUUUACUUCAGAGUGGAGGGAAGAUAUUUCCACAGUAUGUGUUGGUAUAUGGGAUGCUUGUAGAAUCACAGUCUUUGUUACUGGAGAGUGCUGUUCAAGGAACAGAACCAACUCUUGGGUUUAAUAUAGCUCCUUUUAUCAACCAGUUCAAGGUACCUGUUCGUGUUUAUUUGGAUCUCUCUACGUUACCAUGUGUACCUUUGAGUAAGCCAGCAGAACUACUAAGACUAGACCUCAUGAAUCCCCUGUUAAACACUGCUAGCAGAGAGGUGAAGGUACAGAUUUGUAAGUCUGGCCAAGUCACUGCAAUUCCCUUCUGGUAUCACAUACAUCUAGAUGAAGAGCAUAGCUUGAAUACAUCUGAUGAGUUCUCACACUGGAAACAAGCUGCAGUUGUUCUUGAUAAGCCUCUCCAAGUUCAGGUCGGAGAUGAACUUGUGCUUGAUGUUCAGCACCAUAAAAGCAAUAUUAGCAUUACUGUUAAACAGUGAAGAACAUCCAGUGUAAACUAUACGCUACAAACUGUUGGUGUACAUCACUGGUACUAAUUUAUAUUAAAUUCUAAUUUUUAUGUACUGAUCAAAAAGACUAUUUUACUGUUUUAAAAGAGUUGGUAGACUUGUCCAUCCAACAGACAGAUGAAAAUGGACACUUUAAGGGUAUCUUACCAAGCAGUUUUGGGAGGUAUUUCUGGGGCUGCCUCUGAAAAUCUGAGGUGCUAGCUACUGCAGCAGUGGUAGAAGGGGGACAGAUUUCUGUCACUGCCCCAUCAUCUGUAGUGAAAGAAAAAGUAUCUAAAAUACCUAUGUCAGAAGUAAACAGCUGUGACUGCAUAGUCCUUGUUUCACGAACCUUGGUUCUACUUCUCAGUAGUCAAAGCAUCCUACUUUAGUGCAUGAGAUGUUAUCCUUGUAAAAGUGACUGUAAUGCCAUUCCAGCUGCAGCAUCACACGGUAAUGUUGCGUGUAAUUAUAAAAGUCAUAAAUGAGCGCUGUAAACUAAGUUAAGCCCUGUAGUACAAAGUAAAGCCAGUAAGACACUUAGAGUUUCUUAGGGAGUCACAUUUCUGGUAAUACAACCUUCUUUCCUCUUACAAAAAUGAUGUCAUUACAUCAGCCACCACAAGCAUUUGUAUACUGUUCUUCCUGUGUUGCAUGUAGUAUAGCAGCAUUUCUUAAUCUUCUAUUCAGAUGAAAGACUAACAAGUAAUCUCUAAGCACUGAUCUUAUCUCUGUAGCUACAUAGGAAAGAGACGGACAGGGUAUUUUUGUAGCUAAGCAUGAGGCUUUUUAAUGUUGUUGCUGUCCAUUCCAUGUACAGUGCACUUCUGCAGUGUGUCCUUAACAAAAGCCCAUAGAUAAGAGGUAUUCAAAAACAAUUUUCUGGAGUCUUACUGUAUGCAAGAUCAGUGUGUACUCUCCAUUAGGUGAAUUUUUUAGGUUAUCUGGGAUCAAUUGAGGGACUGAGUAGUUAUGUUGGAGCCACAGGUGUCUAAGCUUGCAGCUUUUGGAUGGCUGUAAUAAAGCUCCUUCUAGAACAGGGGAAGACAGGUCUCCAAUUUAUUUUGAAAACAUAAGUGGUGGUUAAGUUCUCUUAAAAUUAACCACAUACCAUCCUACAUCCAAAGGUUACAAUACAUAACAAAAAUCUAAGAGUAGGACAGAGGCUCUUCAGAGUUGGUUUUUCCCCCCAUUUUUACCUGUGCACAUGCUAGAGCAAACAGGAAGUCCUCACCCACUGCAGGCUUUUACAAGUUGUUAUUUACUCUUUUAAAAACAUGGCUGUUAACAAGGAAGAGGUUGAGUCAAGCAUAAAUAAGUCUGAUUCCUGAUAAGCUCUGGGAAGAAUUCUUUCAUUAUACUCAAAACACUGGAAGAAAUUACAAGCACUUCUACUAGUUAUUCACAAGAUCCCCUUCUUCACAAAGAGAACAACUGCCAUCAUUUGUCAUUUACAUUCUAAAUAACAGUAGCAAUAAAUCAAAUGGAAAAAAAUGCCAAACAGUUUAAAUAAAAUAUUUAAUUGCUUAUUUACAACAAAGGCAAUGACUUGGCAAAGUGGAAAGGAUGAUUUGCACCUUCCCCCUAGCUUCAGAUAGAGCAAAUAUAGUCAGCUAUAAAAUACGCAGCCUAGUGAGUAAGGCGCAGUAUUUACAUCACACUAGUACUGCAAAAUAAGCACUUAAGAUGAAUUCCACUGUGACAGACAGAAGUUAAACAUCCUGGAAUUUCUAACAAUGCUGAGGAAAAAAAAAGAAAAUUAUGUGUCAUGUAGUGUUCUCAAUUUGUCAGAUUGCAAACAUGCAACAGUAAUAAAAACCCACUCAUGGCAUUUUUAAAAAAGCAGCUGCUCUUGUCAGUUUUGCAAACUGUUCUGAUACAAAUUUACUUUGUCUUGGUCUAAAAUAUAAUGCUCGAGUAGCUCCAGUAUUAGACUAUCUACUUAAUUAUACCGUAGCAAAGGUCUCUUCUCUGGGGCACACGCACAAAUGAAUUAUUACAUUUGAAUAGGCUAUACUAGAAGCAUAAUACAAUAAUCACAGAUACAAAUUGAUGAAUACAAACUACCACAGACACCUCCUUUAAAGCAGGAUAUGUUAACAGCGUAAAAAUUUAGGUGUUAAAGAAUUUAUUGCAGCCAAAACUGAAGAAGUUGGUUUUGUUUUCUAUGCUGUUUUUGACAUCCCUUGACAUCCUCUCUCCUUAUUAGUCUAUAAGGAUAGGAAAAAAAGCCAACGUAUGUGAAGGUAUUAAUCCAAAGCUUACCUUCCUGGCUGUACACUCUGAAUGCAAAAAGACUAAUAACUAAGGAGGUACAAGAAUAAGAGUUAUCCCAACUAUGGUCUGUGCCUGGAAUUUUAUGGUGAGAUCAAUAGGGAAUGCUUUUUUCUUUUUUUUUUUUUAACUAGACGUUUUUUAACUGAUGCUUUGUAAUAAUUAUCUUAAUCGAAAGGAUUUUAUUUAUGCCGGCAAGGGAAGAAGAUGGCAUGUGCGCAGAAGUUA